CUACAAGAGACCUGAUGAUGACUCACUGAAGGAUUUUGACCACCCACACACAAGUACCUUGGCUGUACAGAGAGAGUUAGACAGUGUCAGGGAAAGAUAUAAAAAACAAGUCGCUGAACUGCAGGCAGAAAAAAAUAACCUUAAUAAUAAACUCAAUAAAACUAAAACGUCACAAGAAGUAUCACUGAAAAAUGAACUGAAGAUGUCGAAGGAUCCAGAGGCAGAUUUAAAGAACCAAGUAAAAGUCUUUCGUGCAGAGAUUGAGAGUAAAAACCAUGACCUUCAAAUCUUACAGAAAUCCAUAGAGAGGCUGAGGAAAGAAAAGCAUCUGUACCUUGUCAAUGGUUUUAUCAAUGAUACAGAUAAAAAUAAGAAGAUUCAAGGUAAAGGAAAGAUGAGAAAGAUGGAUGAAGAUGAAACAGAAGUUUUAUCUGAAAUGAAUGGAUUUUUACAGACAGAGGGAAUGAAAAACAAUAUGAACCAGAAACAUUUGCUGAUAGAACUCAUAUAUCUGAUGUGAUAAAAGAAAAUGAAGUGUUAAAAUCAAAGGUUGAUGAACUGCAGCUAGAGGUAGAUACACAUAGGAUAGAAUUACAGAAAUAUCAGGCUCAUUUUGAAGAUAAGAAUCGUAAAACGAGAGAAAAAUAUGAAGAACAGAUUAGUAUACUAAGAUCUUCACACCAGAGGGAGCUACAGAAAUUUUUGGCUGACAACGCUUUACAACAUUCUGCCUCUAAAAUGGCAGAGUUACAAUCAAAAACAGAUGCUCAACAGGUGAUGAUAAAACAUUUAAAAGACCAGUUAAAUAAAUCACAUUUGGAUUCCGAACAGCUCUCUAUACUGCGGAUACAGAAUGCCAGUUUAGAAAACCAAAUUGACAGACUAAAAGAGGAAUUACGAGAGGCAAAGAAAUUCCACACUCCAGAAAUGAAACAUUUUGAAUCCAUUCAGCAGAAGAUAAUUCAAAUGGAGAAAAAACGUGAAACACGUGAACUUGAACUGCAACAAAUUAUAAAAAAUGCCAAACACACAGCUUCAGUGGAAAUGGACCAGGAAGCAAAUAAAUGGAAAGGAAUCGUAGAUUCUAAAAAUAGCGAAAUCCAAAGAUUUAGAACAGAAUUAGAUUCUAUAUUAGAUGUAAUAAAAUUACUCAAAAAAAAAGGAGUUGUAAUACCUGUCAGUGCAGCAGUGUCAUAGCAGUAGCUCUUUAGUAGAUUUAUUAAUUUAAAAUUUGUAUUUUAUUCCGUCCUUUAUAUUUUUGAGAUAUUUAGCUC